ACCGACAGUCCUCAUCUCUCCAUGGAUGACUCGGGGAUAAUCCGGCGCAGGAGGCUGCAGGAUCUGCCCCUGCCUCGCAAGAACAGCAGUUGCCGUACAAGCAACAGGAAAAGUCUGAUCCUGACCACCACCUCUCCCACGCUGCCUCGGCCACACUCCCCACUUCCCCUCCCCGGACACCUCGGAAGCAGCCCCCUGGACAGCCCGCGGAACUUCUCUCCCAGCAACCCGGCACACUUCUCGUUCGCCUCCUCCAGAAGAGACGGACGACGGUGGUCUUUAGCAUCGUUGCCUUCUUCUGGAUAUGGCACCAACACUCCCAGCUCAACGUCCUCCAGCUCCUCUCAGGAGCGGCUGCACCAGCUGCCCUUCCAGCCCACCAUGGAUGAGCUCCACUUCUUAUCCAAGCACUUUGGCAGCACCGAGAGCAUCACGGAUGAUGAUGGGGGCCACUGCUCUCCCCAAAUGCGCCCGCGCUCCCGCAGCCUCAGCCCAGGACGCUCCUCCUCCUGCUAUGAUAAUGAGAUAGUCAUGAUGAACCAUGUGUACAAAGAGCGCUUUCCAAAGGCCACAGCACAGAUGGAGGGGAGGCUGGCCGAGUUCAUCCAGGCUUUCUCUCCAGAAAACGUUCUUCCACUGGCCGAUGGAGUCCUCAGCUUCAUCCACCACCAGAUAGCUGAGCUGUCCAGAGACUGCCUGGCCAAAUCCCACGAGGGCCUCAUCACCUCUGUCUACUUCUUUGAGCUGCAGGAGAACCUGGAGAAGCUUCUAAAUGAUGCCUUUGAGCGAUCCGAGAGCACCGAGGUAGCCUUCGUCACGGAGUUGGCAAAGAAGCUUCUCAUCAUCAUCUCCCGACCGGCCAGGCUUCUGGAGUGUCUGGAGUUUAAUCCAGAGGAGUUCUACCAUCUGCUGGAGGCAGCAGAGGACCACGCCAAGGAGGGUCACCUGAUGAAGACGGACAUUCCUCGUUACAUCAUCAGCCAGCUGGGAAUGACCAGAGACCCUAUUGAAGAUAUGGUAAACCUCGAUAGUUACGACAGCGAGGGACCGCUAACACCUGAAACAGAUGACUCGACGGAGGGUAAGAUAAGAGUGAUGAAACCACCAGGAGAAGCAGACUUCCAGACCAUCAAGCUGAUCAGUAAUGGAGCGUACGGCGCUGUGUACCUGGUGCGUCAUCUGGACACACGCCAGCGGUUUGCCAUGAAGAAGAUCAAUAAGCAAAACCUGAUCCUGAGGAACCAAAUCCAGCAGGCCUUCGUGGAGAGAGACAUCCUCACCUUUGCAGAGAAUCCCUUUGUCGUCUCCAUGUUCUGUUCCUUCGAAACCCGCCGGCACCUGUGCAUGGUCAUGGAGUACGUAGAGGGUGGAGACUGUGCCACUCUGCUGAAGAACAUCGGGGCUCUGCCCGUGGAAAUGGCACGCAUGUACUUUGCAGAGACCAUUCUGGCCCUGGAGUACUUACAUAACUACGGCAUUGUGCACCGUGACCUCAAACCUGACAACCUCCUGAUCACCUCAAUGGGCCACAUCAAGCUCACAGACUUCGGCCUUUCUAAGAUGGGUCUGAUGAGUCUGACCACCAACUUGUAUGAGGGACACAUAGAGAAGGACACUCGGGAGUUCUUGGAUAAACAGGUGUGCGGAACUCCAGAGUACAUCGCCCCGGAGGUUAUUCUCCGUCAAGGUUACGGGAAGCCGGUGGACUGGUGGGCUAUGGGCAUCAUCCUGUAUGAGUUCCUGGUGGGCUGUGUGCCUUUCUUUGGAGACACUCCAGAGGAGCUGUUCGGGCAGGUCAUUACAGAUGACAUAGUGUGGCCAGAUGGGGAUGAGGCUCUCCCUGUCGACGCCCAGCACCUGAUCUCCUCCCUUCUGCAGACCAAUCCACUGGUUCGACUGGGCACAGGUGGUGCUUUUGAAGUGAGGCAACACUCAUUCUUCACAGAGGUGAACUGGAACAGCCUGCUGAGACAGAAGGCAGAGUUCAUUCCUCACCUAGAGUCUGAGGAAGACACCAGUUAUUUUGACACCCGAUCUGAGCGCUACCAUCAUGUGCAGUCAUACGAUGAGGACGAUACCAACGACGAUGAGCCUGUGGAGAUACAUCGCUUCUCAUCCUGCUCCCCUCGCUUCAGCAAGGUGUACAGCAGUAUGGAGCAUCUGUCCCAGCUGGAGCAUAAAACCCCUGGCGUGACUCUUCGGGAGCACAAGGUCCCCAGGGAGGAUCGAGUGGCCAAAAGAGAAAGCCUGGGUAGCCUCACCCUCAGGGACAAGAGCUGGAGGACUGGAUCGCCUGAGAUGAAGCGAUUAUCCUGCUCCGAGUCCUCCUUCACCGAGAGCGACUACAGCCCACCGUCCGGGGCCCGAAGACGCUUCUCCGCCCUCAUGGACACGCACCGCCUGGCCUCCCCUCUGGAAGUGGACUCUGAGCUGCCUGUCCCCAGCAGGCAGCCUCCAGUGACGACCAGAGGGACCUCCUUGGAAGGAGCCAUGGGUGCCAUCACCUCACAAGGCGAUCUGAGAACAUUACUUAAAGAUAGCAACGGGAUCACAGCUGGAGCUUCAUGUCACUACCAUGUCACAGAGAAGAUUUUGAGACCGGCUGAAGCACCGGUGCCUCUGUCAGGAAGUGCCGCUGUUCUGGGGCUUUCAGACCACCAGGGGCCACGUGGGGCCGCCACUGACCUGGUGCUGCGGAGGGUCCGCCACCAGCAGCUCUCAGCUGAAGGAGAGAAACGCAACGCACGACCAGGGACCAAAGUUAUCAAAUCUGCUUCCGCUACGGCUUUGUCUGUCAUCAUUCCUGCAGUGGAGCAACAUGUUGCCUCCCCGCUAGCGAGCCCCAUGUCUCCUCGCUCCGGCUCGUCCAACCCGUCCUCCCGUGACUCUUCUCCCAGCAGAGACUACUCUCCCAUGGUCAACAUCCUGCAUUCUCCAAUCACCAUCCACCGCUCGGGGAAGAAGUAUGGCUUCACCCUCCGAGCCAUCAGAGUCUACAUGGGAGACAGUGAUGUUUACACCCUACAUCACAUGGUCUGGCAUGUGGAGGAUGGGGGUCCUGCCCAGGAAGCUGGUCUUAAUGCUGGUGACCUCAUCACUCAUGUCAACGGGGAGUCAGUCCAUGGUCUGGUCCAUACAGAGGUGGUGGAGCUCAUCCUGAAGAGUGAAAACAAGGUGACAGUUACAACUACUCCAUUUGAGAACACCUCUAUAAAAGUUGGUCCUGCCCGCAAGUCCAGCUAUAAAUCCAAGAUGGCACGGCGCAGCAAGAGGAUAGGAGCCAAGGAGGGACCAGAGAAGAAGCGCAGCUCCCUAUUCAGGAAAAUCACCAAGCAGUCCAACCUGCUCCACACCAGCCGGAGCCUCUCCUCUUUAAAUCGCUCUCUUUCAUCUGGAGACAGUCUCCCGGGGUCCCCCACCCACAGCCUCUCCGCCCGCUCACCCACUCAGAGUUACCGCUCCAAUCUCACUGAAUCUCCUCACGUGGGCACCUCCUCCCAGAGCAGCUCCCCGGCAUCCAGCACCCCCAACUCCCCCGCAGCCUCUCACCACAUGAGGCCCAGCUCCCUGCAUGGCCUGUCUCCCAAACUCCACCGCCAGUACCGCUCCGCUCGCUGCAAAUCUGCCGGCAACAUCCCUCUCCCCCUGGCCCACACCCCGUCCCCGACCACCUCCUCUCCCCCUCCUCUCUCUGGCCACACGGUGGGGAGCUCCAACACCACACAGACUUUCCCGGCCAAGCUGCACUCCUCGCCCCCGGUCGCCCGCCCUCGGCCCAAAAGUGCAGAGCCACCCAGGUCCCCCUUGCUGCAGCGGGUGCAGUCGUCGGAAAAGCUGGGGGCACUGAUUCAGCCUUCCUCCUCUUCGUCGUCGUCGUCGCCUUCUCCUCUGACCGGCGGGGUGUCGUUGCGGAAGCACAGCCUGGAGGUGGCACACGGUGACUACAGGAGAGAUUCCUUCCACUGCGAGCACAGUCUGCAAAGCCUGCUGGAGAUGGAGGGGGAGAAUGGACCCGCCCCACCGUCUCCUUCAUCAUCAUCCUCCCCGUCUCCUCCCAUGGGAGGGGAGAUUGGAGGACUCAAGCCUGCGAGGAGGCUGGGAAGGCAGGAGUCGCCGCUCAGCCGCGACACCCUGCUCACACCGAAAGAGAAAGAUACGCAGACCACUGCGUCUGAGCUCAGCGGGUGGCAAACCGGGAGCAUGGCUACUAAAACUGAGUCCAAGACCAGUGUUCUUGAUAAAAGUAAAACCACAGCUGAGGUUUUAAAGAGUAACGCAAGUGUAGCUGCAGUGAAGUCAAGUCCAGCGCUGGUUUCAUCGACUACGGAGGCCAAGCCGAGCCCGGGGGACAAACCUCAGAAAGCAAGUACUUCAAGUUGUGAAGCAACAGUCUCAAAGAGUAAACUCAGUGAGAAAAUCUCGACUCCCGGCACGUCAAAGGGCCUGCAACAGCAAGACAGAAAGCAGCAGAGUGUUCAGACAGACAGUGGACCAGCGACUAAAGCUCAGGAGAAGACUGAGGAGAAAGUGAAAGGCAUUCUGGGUGCAGACAUAGGAAACAUGCAGAAAGUAUCAUCUGCAGAGCAGUCCAAGCCACGAAAAGGCGCAGAGAUGGCAGAGAAGGGAGGCGUCUGUGGCAGCGAUAAAGCGACUGAGACGACCAAGGUCAAAGGACCCGCACCACCAAUUCCCACCCAUGCCGCUCACGCCAGAUCCAAAACGGAGAAGGUAUCCAACAGUUACCGCGGGCUCAAGGAGGAGAGGGCGCACCUUGAGGUGCUGGAGGAGAAUCCCGCGUCGCCCUCCUCCAACGCCGCGUCGCCCUGCUCGAGCAAGUCCCGCCCCAUGUCUCCGGGGGACAAAGCCAGCUUCGUCACCCAGCUCACGAGCGUGGCCAAAACGGUGCUCGGGCCUAUGAAGGGGGUCUCGCAAGAGGGGGCCAAGGUAAGAGACGGCUCCAAGUCGAGCGAGGAGAAGCGAGGGGGAGCGGCGGGGAAACCAGAGGCUUCGUCCGGGGGCGGUCGUCGCGGCGGCGCUCAGACAGCAGCCUCGGCCAGCGGCGGCCAGUCUGAUAAAGGAAACAGCCGCAGCUCCAAACAUCACUCGUGAUAAGAGAGCUUCAGCAAGAGUCGGACUCUCCCAUGCAAUGCCUUUUUACUGUAGCGUCACACUGACAUAUCCCGAAAUUGACAUGACUUUGAGUGGAGGGGGGGAAGACAUGAAAUGCCUGAAGAAAUAUCACCAAAUAGAUGACGUGUGACUUGUAGAACACACAUGAUGUGAACAAAGAUGCAUCGGCCAUGUGGGGGGAAAUGUAUCGUAAUGUAGGCCUGUGUAUGUACUCUGUAUGUUCAAUGUUUUGUAUAUAAAUGGGGGGGGGAAUGCAUAUGUCUUAAUGCAUGUCCGACACUGUACAUGGAAAAUGAAAGAAUAUUUAAAAAAAGGAGAUGAAAAAAAAUAUAAAGCCGACCUCAAGGUGGUGAACACUGUGAACAACUUUUCAUCAGGCCAACUGUUAACUGUGUGUAAACAAGCAUUUUUCUUUUGUUAGAAAUGGGCCUUACUAACUCAUUUCAGAUCAGCUCCAGUGCUAUCAUUGAGUUAAAAGAACAACCCACACUGACUAAACGAGUUCAUGCUUCGUGGAGUGAAGAUGACUGAAAACAUAAUGGGAACUGGACCAAGAAACCAAAAUAGGGUGGAUCAGCUGGCGAGCUUCAGAUCUGUUUAAGGGCUGAAUUUAAGUGGAAUUAAAAGAGGUAGAACAGGGACACUAUGCAAUGUGCUGAUAAUGCCAUUUUAUUUAUUUAUUUUGUGUCCCAAAAUGAGUUUACAUUGUGCUCCAGACAAGAAGAGAAUACAAAAGGAAAGGGAUGCAAUAAGCCAAGCAAAUACAUUUUUGUUGUUUUAAAAGUUGUCUCCAUCGAAUUGUAGUGAAAUGUGCAAUUAUAUAUUUUAGGCUAUUAAGUGAAAACAAGUGAGUCUGGUAAGGAGGCAAAGUGCGUAAAGAACUAACAGGAGAUGUAGGCUAGAUGCUCCUUCACUCACUCUUUUCUAUUUAUGCAGGUGUACCGUAUAUUGUGUAAAUGUUACGUGUGAAGGAAAGUGCCAGUCUUUUUUUGGUUUAGGGAUGAUGUGAUUUUAUUAUUUUUGGUUGUUGUUUACACUUAAAUGUAUAAUAAUAUGCAAUCCAACAGUGCCCAGUUUCAUAAAACGGAGCACCCUUGUCAGUGAUGCAGUGGUAGACUAUACGCAGAAGACAGGAGUAGAUAUGUUGAGAGCAUCUUAGUGGUGAGGUUGUGUUUGUUCUUGAUGUGUGUGUGUGUUGAGGAUCCUGAUAGUUUUGGGACACCAGGCUCAGACCUGUCUUAGACUGCCACCUUGUGGACGACGUCAAACACUACAACGAAUGUCCUGAGGUACAAAGAAAGACAGGUGUACAUGUUGCAUGGGGAUCUUUUCAUUUCAGACAUAAUAAUCCGGAUGCAUAAUUAUUUUGCAGAGGAACACAUUGAGAUCAAGAGCUUAAGAGUUUAAAAAUCUUUGUUUUAUAUCCAUUAAGAUGUCGUGGUCAGCAGACAUUAACCCAAUGUUAGGAACUGUGUUUGCUGUGGUGUGCUGUGAAAAAAUUGCACUUUAUUUUGUGUCAAAUAUUUUUUUAUUUAUUUACUGGUCCUAUAUAUUUAUUUGAUUAUUUUUCUAUUUGUUCUAUUUAUUAAGCUUUUUUUUUUAUUUAUUCAAAUGUUUUUUUUUACACCAGUUAGCGAAUUUCUGCUUUACUACUGAAAUUAGACAUUUAUAAAUUUUACAUUUAGACUAAGGAAUCUACCAAAUCUGUGUGGCUACCCUCCUGUGUGCAGUUUGGACGCUCAUUCCAUCUGAAGUUGUGAUAUUCUGGUCUAGUCCAUCUUUGUCCCUGUGUUUGAUUCAUUUUUUUAUUUUUUUUACAGCACUACAGCAACUAGCUCUGCCUGUUGUUCAUUACAUUGCUACAUAUUUACUAGCCACCGUUGUGAGAAACCAAUGCAAAAAGCCUAUA